GUUGCUACUCACGCGAUGAGAAGAAGAAACUUUGACUUCCUGAAGAUUCGACUGUACCAAAGGUACAGACACAUUACUGCCUAGAGACCAACCCUGGGAAAAAUGUUAGUCGUUGGCUGACCCUUUCUAUGACAAGAUGGACCAAAGUUAUAUGGCGGCGAUGGAGGAGAUGGACUCGCUGUCAGACAGCUCUUCCAUAGGGGAGGCCGUGUCUGGUAGAGGACGGCGGCGGCGUGAGUCUGAUGAGGAUGACGGCAUCUUCUACAUUCCUGAGAGAAGGCGUUCACUCCACCUGGAUCAGACUCCAAUGGACACCAGCCACUGGCAAUAUGUAGAGCAGGCAUUUUCUCCAGCUCUGAGCUACAGAUCAAUGACAAGUGAAGAGAAUUUAAGCAACAUGGACGGCGAAGAAGGAUCCCCCACAAGGCUCCAGCUGAGAAGAGCAGAUUCUUACUCCAGCUGCUACUCAUUGGACAGCGACGAUUGUGAAAAAAUAAUUCCCAAGGUGAAAAACAAAGAUGAAACUGCCACAGAGGUUUCUGACACACCUGUGUUAAAGCACAACCCAAAUGAGUUCAAGCAUCCUGCUCUGACCGUGGAAUUCACUUUCAAGGCUAUUUGUGAAAUCCUUGGGGAGCUGUCCGAAGACCACCUCUUGUUUUUCAAAGUAAUGCUUUGGAAGCGUUACCCACAGUCAUUCAACACUCCUCCCCAAAGCCUGGACUUGGUGGACCUUGUGGAUCGGUUGCUGGAGUGUUACAACCUGGAGGUAUCACUGCAGAUCACCAAGACGCUUCUUGAGAGUAUUAAGGAAAGAAGGCUGGUGAAAUUACUCCAGUCUUUGUGCCUCAGAAAUGAAGUACGUUACGAGUUGUGCAAGACUCUGAAGAAGACAUACGGAGAAAUUGAUGAUGAUUCAGCCUUGCAGGGAGAAAGAGGGCCCCCUGACGAUUUCUUCACUAAACUGGACAUAACCUCAAUAGCUAAUAAUGGCCCAAAUAUUGAACAUGAGGUCAGGACCAUAGACAGGCUGGACACCAACAGCAGUAAACCAGUGGAACAGAUUUCUACUAAGGAUCUCAUAAGCGCUGAAAGGCUGGAGAAGACCAACGUAAAGCUGGCGCUGAUCACAGGAGUUGCAGGGUCAGGGAAGUCUAUGGCGAUCAAGAAGUUAAUCCUCGAUUGGAUUGCAGGGCGGUCCCACAAACAUGUGACCUUUAUGUUUCCUUUGCCGUUCAGAGAACUCAACAAGUUCAAGGGUUCUGAGGUCUCGCUGUUGCAAAUAAUACAAACACUCUACCCGGAAACCAAAAAACUGAGGGAUUAUGAUUAUACCUGCGAUGAGUGUAGAGUUAUGCUUAUCUUUGACGGUCUUGAGGAGUACAACGAGCCGUUUGACUUUCAAGACACUUCGCUUCUCACUGACCACACGGAGAUCUCCACCCUGAACACGAUCGUGGUCAACAUGCUCAGAGCGAGGCUGCUGCACCGCGGCAUAUACCUGGUCUUUUCCCGGCCCAGAUUAAGGGGCUGCAUUCCUUACGAUACGUCUUACGAUGAGAUUGAACUGCGUGGUUUCAGCGACCCUGAAAAGGACGAGUACUUCAAAAAAAGAUUUCCGAACCCAGAUCAAGCAGCUCGAGUUAUUGAGUAUACCCACUCCUCCAAAACCCUCCGCAUCAUGUGCCACCUGCCUUUGUUUUGCUCCCUGGUGGCUGAUGAGUACCAGCGCAUAUUUAAGGAACAGGGAUUACAGGCCCAGCUGCCCAGAAGCAUCACCUACAUGUACACAAAGCUGCUGUUGGCACUCAUAGGUCAGCGCCGCACAUUAGGAGCUUCACCUUGGGGCCCAGAUAACGGGGGAGACUUCCUCAUGGUACUUGGAAAGUUGGCCUUCAACAUGCUGGAAAAAGGCACGCUCAAGCUCAACAGGUACGAAUGGGAAGAUCAUGAACUGGACAAUGAGGAAGCAGUGGAUAACAGCGGCCUGUGCAUGGUGUUUGUGACACAGCCUCAUCUCUUUUGUCAUGAGAAAGUCCUCAGCUUUAUCCACCCCACCAUGCAGGAGUACCUGGCUGCCCUUUAUGUGUUUCUCUCCUUCAGAAACCAGGGGAAGAACUUGUUUGAGCCGCCGCUGAAAGAAAAGUUCAAGGGGUAUUUCAAGGGGCAGAAGCCAAUGGAGCUGUACAAGAGCGCUGUGGACAAAAGCCUGCAGUACGACGACGGCAAACUGGACAUUUUCCUGCGAUUCCUGCUCGGAACAACUCUUAAAGCCAACCUGGACCUUCUCCAACCAUUCUGCACACCUUCUCCAAAGUGGCAGACAGUCGCUGAGGACACUGCUGCCUUGAUCAAGAAGAGGAUCAAAGAUAAUCAGCACCCGAACAGGAUAGGCAACUUGAAGUGCUGCCUGGAGGAGCUGGGUGUCUGAGCCUCAGAGGCAGCAUCAAGAUGGAAGACAGUUCAAAGACAUGUGCGGCAGUAGUUGGUGAACUUCUCUUUCAGGAGCUGUCAGUACCGGUCGCAGAAGGACUGGUUUCUUUCGAAAAAUGCCUUGAUUUCAUCCUGUGACAGACAAUUCUCUAUAUCUGAAGCCACUUCUGGAUAACAUUAAUGAAAGUGAAAGAUGAUAAGGGUCCUUAUGUUUUACAUUUCUUCUUGUUUUCUAGUUUUUCAUUGACAUUACAACUUCUUGCUUGUGUUCCUGCCUUGGUCUUGAUGUGUCUUUUUUAACUGUAUUAUUAACACUAUAUCAUGGAAUCCGUGACUAUAUUCACCUAAGCAAUAAUUGACUGAUUUUAAAAAGGAGUUAUUUUGCAGUGCAGCUUGGCGGAUUAAUUUAUGUUGCUUAUUGGCUGCUUAAAUUUGUGUUUUGUCUGAAAUGCAGUAAUCACAUUGAAGAGCUGAAGUAAAAAGCAUCUGUGCUAUAAAUGCAUUCCUCUUAUCACUACCACAUAUGAAGGGUUGUUCUAACAGUGAUACCCAUUGCUAAGAAAGUUAUCUGUUUGAAAUAAUUGCUCAAAUUAACAAUACAUUUCUAAGGAAACCACCAUAAAUCACGGUCAGCUUGA